AUGGCCGGUGUCAGUUUGAACUAUCAAAGUUCGAUAUCAGUCGAUCAAUCAGCAAUGUAUCAUCCACAACAUAAUCAUUCAUCACAACAGUAUUACUAUCAUCAAUCCAUGCAACAACAGCAUCAAACGUCAUCUCAUUUUCAUCCAUAUCAUUCUUCAUUAUCUCUAUCAAAUAUGUCUUCAAAUUCCAGUGAUCAUCAUCAAAUGUCCACCAAAAGUUCACUUCCAUUACCAAACGAUGGUUCAAAACAGAAAAAACAUGAAUGGAAUGAAAUUGAAGUAACUGGUAACGUCCGAAACUUAUCCCCAACAUUAUGGACACUAUCACAAUUAACUGCUUUAUAUUUAAAUGAUAAUCAGUUAACACGUUUGCCAUCUGAAAUCGUUUGUUUAACUAGUCUAGUCACACUUGAUCUAUCAAAUAAUAAAUUGAGAAAUCUUCCGUCAGAAAUCGGUGAUUUAAUUACAUUGCGUGAAUUGAGUUUAACGAAUAAUUCCAUUCGAAACUUACCUUAUGAAAUCGGUAAAUUAUUUCGUUUACGAACUUUAGGGUUGCUGGGAAAUCCAUUACCAACAGAAAUUAUUUCAAUUUACAAUGAAUCAAAUGGCUUACAAAAAUUAUUAGUAUACUUUCUCGAUAGUUUUUCUUCGUCCAUCAACGGUAAUAUUAUUUCUACAUUAUUAAUGUUCUCUUGA